UUCCCCACCCUCAAUCUUUUGAAUCACGGUUUGAACCGGUUCUUUACAACGAACCGACUCACAGCUGUUCACUAUAAUAGGCUCAGAGCGCCUGCGCGAGAACGUAAACUUCCUUUUGGGAUCUCGUAAAAUGGGAAUAUGAGGAUUCGUUGGUGCUGCUGCAGGUCUUUGGGCCGCGUGCGGACACACUUCAUCAUCGCCUCUAUACUGUUGCUGCUGCUGGCCGGAGUCUCUCUGACCUUCUUAUUGCCUAAUAAUGAGGACCGCAGCAUUCUCCUCAAGCUCCGGCAGAGCUCCAACAACUCACUCUCUCUGCUGGACCCCAAAGAUAGUUUCACUAUAAUUAUGCAAACCUAUAACCGCACUGAUAUUCUCCUCAAGCUCCUCAACCAUUAUCAGGCUGUGCCUCACCUGCAGUGCAUCAUCAUCGUGUGGAACAACCCUCUCGAGUCGCCGCCCAGAAAACUGUGGGACGCCCUCGGCCCACACCCUGUGCCCAUCAUCUUCAAAGAGCAGAGCGUCAACAGAAUGCGCAAUCGCCUGCAGCCACACCCCGAGAUCAAGACUGAUGCUGUUUUGAUGCUAGACGAUGACACGUUGGUCAGUGUUCCUGAUAUCAGCUUUGCAUUUUCUGUCUGGAAGCAAUUCUCAGAUCAGAUUGUGGGUUUUGUUCCACGUAAGCAUGUGAGCACAGCAUCCGGAGUGUACAGCUACGGCAGCUUUGAGCUUCAGGAUCCAGACGAAGGUGGAGGCGACAGGUAUUCAAUGAUCCUAGUGGGUGCAGCAUUCUUCCAUCGGCGCUUCCUGCAGCUGUUCCAAGAGCAGCCGGGUGAAGUGCACGCUCUGGUGGACGAAACGCAGAACUGUGACGACAUCGCCAUGAACUUUGCCGUGGCACGUCAACUCUCACAGGCGUCCGAACUCAAGCGGGCCUCCGGGGUGUUCCUGAAGCCCGUAGACAUGCGGAAUCUGGAGAAGGAAGCCAGCAGCGGGUAUGUGGGCAUGUGGCACAGAGCGGAGCACAUGCUGCAGCGCUCCUACUGCCUCAACAAGCUGACACACAUCUACGGGAGCAUGCCGCUCCGCUACUCCAAUAUCAUGAUCUCACAGUUUGGCUUCCCCAGCUAUGCUAAUCACAAGAGCAGGAUAUGAUGUCAGCACAUUUGAGAGACCGAUACGAUCUAAUUUCUGAGAUAUUAGAUCAACUUUUUUGGACACAUACCAUCUCAAAAUGUACACCUCUCAUGCAAAACCCGUUUGACUGAAUAAUUGUGCAACAGUAAUAUUUUCGACAUUCACUGAUGGUUUAAUAUACACUGAUGGUGGAUAAUUAUUAUUUUUAUUUUAUUUUUUUAUAAUAUAUUUCCUUGCUAUUAUUUGUCUUGUAUACCUCACAUAUGUCCAGUAGACGGAGUGUGAAAUUUAGUGCUCCACCUUUACCAACAUAGUAUAAUGUAGAUGAAGGUAGUUUUAGUUUUUUUUUUUAACACUUAUUAUUAAGCUGUAUUAUUUUGAGUCAUAAAUAUUAUUAUUAUUAUUAUUAUUAAAAGGGAAAAAUAUAGAAAGAAUUUACUUUUCUUAAAUUUAAAUUUACUACUCAGAAAUUUAAUUCAAAAUACUGUAGCAUCAAACUGUGACAAAAAUCUGCAAAACCUCAGCAGACCAUCUACAUUAUAAUUUCCUUUUUUGUUGUUUAAUUUAGUUUUGAUAUUAACUUAUGAAUGAUUCUGAAUAAAACAGUAAAAUACAUAUAGUAAAAUUUUGUGGUAACCAGUCAUUUAAAUGUUUUUUUUAUUUAUUUUUUAACACUUGUUUUACUUCAGGAUCCAGAUUUUCAUUGGAUUUACCAAGCGGCUUAAUAUAAGUAAGCAAAAUGGAAAAAUUUAAAUGAAUAUCACUAAACUACACAGGAUCUGCUAUAUGAAAUCAUUUAUUUAAUGGUGGCUACAUGGAUAAACAAUGAAAGUAAAAGAAUAAACACCAGCAGAUGUGUGAUUUACUGUACACAAUUGACUACUGCAAAAAGAACCAAAAUAAAACAUGCCAAGAGCGUCUUAUCCAAUGUGCCUUCCUUCCUUCCCUUUAGUCUUGUUUUUGAAGUCAUUUUCACUUCUUUUUGAUAAGAAUGCAGGAAGGGCGUCAUAAACUGUUGUGCUUAGAAGUGCCCAUAACACUGAUUUACACAACUUUAUGAGCACUUCUAAACAUAAUUGCUUUUGUCCCCUUCCUGCAUCCUUAUCAAAAAGGGGUGAAAAUUGACUUAAACGAGACUAAACUAAAAGCCAUGAUCACAGACCAUCUCAGGAAGGCACAUAAGAGAUUUCUCGGGACAUUAGAGCUCAGCCAACACCUACUUAACUCUACACAGCCAUUAUAGGAAAAAUGACAAGGGAAAACAUUAGAAAGCUUUUUUUUUUUCCUUUUGUGUUAAUGUAGUCAGUCCAAUUUCAGCAUACUGGUAUAAUGAAAGCUUUUGGUAUUUCCACAAUAGCAAUUUCAAUCAAGACCUUCUGAAAUGGCUUUUGUUUGGCUGUUGUUUUGGAGUACAAGAUGCUCACUGUAUUGCAUUUCAACACCUAGAGUGUUGUAUCAGGAAUGAAACUUCCUGAUAAAAUCGUGCUUGAUUAGACUGAUAACAGAAACAGGAAGAGAAUUAACAAUGCCUGUAAAAAUUAGAAUCCAAAUCUAUUGUUGCAUUGUUUGCAGAGGAAAAGGAAAAGCAGCAUGCGUCAUAGAGUUUCCUUUUAUCUGUGCCAAAAUUUAAUCUGAACUUACAUGUAACAGUAUGAAUUUAGUGAAUAUAGUAAAACAAUAAAUCUUUAAAACUAAAAAAAAAAAAAAA